AUGGAAGCAGGAUUUAAAAAGAUCACCCUGUGCACUGUGGACACAGAUGUUGUGGUCCUAGCCAUUGCACAUGUGUCAGAGCUGGACAUUGAGGAGCUGUGGGUGGCAUUUGGGACUGGCAAGAACUUCAGAUACAUACCUGCCAAUGAGAAUACCAAGUCUCCUGACAAAUCAAAGGCCCUUCCUGUGUUCCAUGCCUUCACUGGCUGUGACACAGUAUCUGCAUUUACAACCAGGAGCAAGAAGACUGCAUGGGAUACCUGGAAUGCAUAUGACAUGGCAACAGAGGUCUUCAUGGCUCUGUUAAAGGCUCCAAAAAGCAUUCCGGAGCGGGUCAUUUCCAUUGUUGAGCACUUCACAAUUCUCCUCUAUGAUUGCACCAGCAGUCUUGGGUUGUUCUCAAAGAAAGGAAGAGGAAUGGAGCAAAUCCCCCAACUAAGCAUGCGAGGGUGCAGCACCUCAAAAGAGCAGUGUGCCAGGGAGGACACCGUUGGGGUCAAGCCUUUGAGACGCCGUGUUCUCAGCAUAUCCUCUGGAAUUGAAGAAGUUGGCAGCCUUCGCUGGGAACUUGCUAUCUGUCUUGCUAUAGCCUGGAUCAUAUGUUAUUUCUGCAUUUGGAAAGGUCCCAAAUCAACUGGAAAGGUGGUGUAUGUCACUGCAACCUUUCCUCCUGGUGUGACAAAACAAGUCCAGAAACAGAGCAUGUCAUCCCUGGUUGUCAAUGUGUGGGUGGAUGCAGGCACACAGAUCUUCUUCUCAUAUGCUAUAUGUCUGGGCUGUCUUACAGCUCUGGGCAGCUAUAACAGCUACAACAACAACUGCUACAGGGACUGCAUCAUGCUGUGCUGUCUGAACAGUGGCACGAGUUUUGUGGCAGGAUUUGCCAUCUUCUCUGUCUUGGGCUUCAUGGCAUAUGAACAGAAUGUGCCAAUAGAGGCAGUGGCAGUGUCUGGUCCUGGUCUAGCGUUCAUAGCAUAUCCUAAAGCUGUGACCAUGAUGCCGUGGUCUCCAUUGUGGGCCUGCCUGUUCUUCAUGAUGCUCAUCUUUCUCGGGCUCGACAGUCAGUUUGUGUGUGUGGAGAGUCUUGUGACGGCAGUAGUGGACAUGUAUCCCAAAACCUUCCGUGUGGGUUAUCGGCGAGAGCUUCUCAUCCUGGGAAUGUCUGUGACCUCCUUCCUCCUGGGACUAAUAAUGUUGACAGAGGGUGGCAUGUAUGUAUUCCAGCUCUUUGACUCGUAUGCAGCCAGUGGCAUGUGUCUGUUGUUUGUGGCCAUUUUUGAGUCCAUCUGCAUUGGCUGGAUCUAUGGUAGCGACAGGUUUUAUUUGAACAUUGAGGACAUGAUUGGAUACAAGCCCAUCUUCUUCAUCAAAUGGUGUUGGAAGUACUUCACACCAGGCAUCUGUGCUGGUAUCUUUCUGUUCUUCUUGAUCAAGUACAAGCCACUGAAGUAUAAUAAUGUGUACACAUAUCCAGACUGGGGUUAUGGCAUUGGCUGGAUGAUGGCCAUGUCCUCUAUGGUUUGCAUCCCUCUGGGAAUCUUAUUUCAGAUCUGGAAAACGGAAGGAACUUUCCGUGAGAGCGACAUGAGCAAAACCUGA